CUGAGUGCUCCAGUGAUGGCUCAUUUUGGAAACGGCAGUGGACAGAUCUGGCUGGAUGAUGUCAGCUGCACUGGCCAUGAGUCGUCUCUCUCUCAGUGCAGACAUUAUGGCUAUGGCAACCAUAACUGUGGCCACCAUGAAGAUGCUGGGGUAGUCUGUCAAGCCGACCAUACCUCCUGUAGGCACAACUGUGGCUACAACGUUGGCAGCUGCUCCUGCACAAGUUCCUGUCAACGCUAUGGAAACUGCUGUCCUGACUACAACGACUACUGCAGCACAACAACAAGUCCUGACAUCAGCGAGACAACAACCGGCCAUACCUCCUGUAGGUACAACUGUGGCUACAACUUUGGUAGCUGCUCCUGCACAAGUUCCUGUCAACGCUAUGGAAACUGCUGUCAUGACUACAACGAUUACUGCUACAGUACAACAACAGCAGAAACAGCUACAACAAAUGUUAAUCCACAAUGUGGAGGGUACCUUAGUGGUUCUGGAUCUUUCUCCAGCCCCUACUAUCCAAACUACUAUCAUGACAAUGCCCACUGUGUGUGGAGGCUGUCCGCUCCCUCUGGGCAGAGGAUCCUCCUGACAUUUUCAGACCUGGAGCUGGAGCGCUGCUGUGACUGUGACUACAUCACCGUGUACGACGGCCCCUCGGUAGGCUACAGUCAGCUGGGUCAGCUCUGCCACAACUCCUCUCUGGAUACCUUCCACUCCUCCUCCAGCGACAUGACCGUGGUCUUCCGUAGUGAUCGUGAAGGAGUGAGUCGUGGUUUCCGGGCAGAAUUCAUUAGCUCCCUGCCAACUGAUAAAGGCAGGGUUGAGUGUUCCUCAGACAACAUGAACAUUGUCAUUUCAAGAUCUUUCCUGAGCUCUCAGGGAUACAGUGGUCAUGAUCUUUAUAUCAAUGAUGAGCACUGUCGGCCAACUAUCAACAAUUACCAGGUGGUGUUUAACUUCCCUCUCAACCGCUGCGGAACUGUGAGAGAGUUUGAAAGGGGUCGGGUCAUUUAUCAGAAUGCCGUGCGGGGACAUGGAUCCAGUUCCGGGGUGAUCACACGUCAGUCAGGGUUCAAGUUGUCUGUUGCCUGCCACAUGGAAAAAGACUCUGUUUCACAGAUAAUGUAUGAGGCAUCAGAGACAUCUAACUUUAACAUCACUGGAACUGGGCGUUUCAACACCACCAUGGCCUUCUUCACCUCCGGAAGUUUCUACCAGCAAAUCUAUGAGAGUCCCUACUAUGUCUCUCUUAAUGAGUACAUGUAUGUUCAAGUAAGCCUAAGGAGAGAUGACAGCAGCCUCGUCCUCUUCCUGGACACAUGUGUGGCCUCACCAAACCCACAUGACUAUGCUGACUACCGCGCCUAUUAUCUACUGGUCAAUGGGUGUCCGAGAGACAACACGUUCUCCACCCACGUGAGCGGUUCACGUAGUUACGCACGGUUCAGCUUCCAGGCUUUCAAGUUCCUGCGGGCACACCCCUCUGUGUACUUGCAGUGCAAGGUCCUAAUCUGUCCUGCGAACGACUACAGCUCCCGCUGUCGCCAGGGUUGCCGCACCCGCAAGACUCGAAGCCUGGGCUCUCAGCUCCAGAUGGCCACAAUGGUGCUGGGGCCUAUCACGCUGAAAGAUGUGGAGAAGUCUGCAGUGGAGAAGCUUGAGGACAAAGUGGCUAAGGUCGAUGCCUGAAGACACCACUAGUGUUCUCAUCAGUCCAGAAUAAUCACUAAUUCAAUCUAUCAUCAUUUCCUACCUACAAAUCAUGUCCAUCAUGAUA